CUCUCCGCUAGAGGAGGCCGUGUAGCGGCCCAUGGGCUGGACGGCGCGCCGCGGCCACCGGCGAGCAUGACGAGCCUGAGGCGCUCGCAGACGGAGCGGAGCGCGGGGGGCUCGGUCCCCGCCACCGACGAGUUCUAUACCCGCCACGUGCGCCUGCCCAACGGCGCCGCCCCGCCCGCCCGGGGAGACGCCGCCCACCCGCCCGCGUGCACGCCCGGCGUGCCCAAGAUGGGUGUGCGGGCCCGCGUGGCCGACUGGCCGCCUAGGAAGGACGGCGGAGGGGUGUGGCAUGCGGCCGCGGAGGCGGAGCCCGCCGUCUCUGCUGGCAGCGUUCAGGCCGUCCUGCCCACCAAGCUGGGCCACCUGAUGAGCCCGCAGGACUCCUCCAUGCUCCGCAGCAUCCACAACACGCUGAGGAGCAAGACGCAGGCGGCCGCCGUGGGCGCGGGCGCCGGGGGCGACGGCCGCUUCCUGUCCCCCGACGACCAGCGGGGCUCCUCCUCCGCCUCCCGCAAAGGCCUGCGCCGCAUCCGCCAGCGCAGCAACAGCGACAUCACCAUCAGCGAGCUGGAGGGCGCCAGCGACGGGGGCGAGGACUGGCCCACCCCCGGGUACAAGUGGUCCCCCGUGCACCGCGAGUACGGCAGCACCUCGUCCAUCGACAAGCACGGCGCCUCCGGGGAGAGCUUCUUCGACAUGCUCAAGGGUUACCAGGGGGAGGCGCCGGACCAGCGCAGCCCCGCCCCGGAGAAGCUGGGGGACCUGCUCACCAUCAGCCACAAGGCGUCCGGGUUCGACCUGCCCGACGGUCCCGCGGGGGGCCACCGGAGCAGCCCGUCCGGCCGGCCCAAGGAGCGCGACAAGCCCCUGAAGCGGCGCUCCAAGUCGGAGACGGGAGGGGACUCCAUAUUCCGGAAGCUGCGUAGCGCCAGGGCGGAGGGCGAGUCGUCGCGGGCGGGCUCGGACGCCGAGGACGGCCGGUCGGAGGACGGGGGCCCGCCGGCCAAGGCCUGGGUGUGCCAGAAAGGCUUCGCCCACUACGACGUGCAGAGCAUCCUGUUUGACCUGAACGAGGCGGCGCAGAGCCGGCAGACGGCGGUGCGGCGGAGGAACACCACCACGGGAGCCUCGGCCGCCGCCGCCGCCUCCGCCUCGUCCUCGCUCUCCUCCACGCGCAGCGCCACCCGCGGCUCGCCCUCCGGCAGCCAGGAGGAGCUCAGCGGCAAGGACGGGCCCGGCCUGGACGCCGGCGACGACAAGAGCAACGAGCUGGUGCUCAGCUGCCCCUGCUUCCGCAACGAGAUCGGCGGCGAGGGCGAGCGCCGGAUAAGCCUGUCCAAGCUGGGCAGCAUCGGCAGCGGGGGCGCGGCGGCGGGGCCGGGGGGCGCUGACGGGAACCCCCUGGAAUCCUCGCUCAGCACCCACUGCACCAACGCCGGGGUGGCCGUGCUGGAGGCCCCCAAGGACGGCCAGGGCCUGCACCCCGAGCGGGGCAAGCGCUACAUCGUGGAGCACGUCGACCUCGGGGCCUACUACUACAGGAAGUACUUCUAUCUCAGAGAGCACUGGAACUACUUCGGCGUGGACGAGGUGCUGGGCCCGGUGGCGGUCAGCCUACGCCGGGAGAAGCUGGAGGAGCACAAAGAGCACGGGCAGCAGUACAACUACCGGCUCAUCUUCCGCACCAGCGAGCUGACCACGCUGCGGGGGUCCAUCCUGGAGGACGCGGUGCCGUCCACCUCUAAGCACGGCACGGCACGCGGGCUGCCUCUCAAGGAAGUUUUGGAGUACCUGGUGCCUGAGCUCAACGCCCACUGCCUGCGACUCGCCCUCAACACGCCCAAGGUCACCGAGCAGCUGAUGAAGCUGGAUGAGCAGGGGCUCAGCUUCCAGCUCAAGGUGGGGGUGAUGUACUGCCAGGCGGGCCAGAGCAGCGAGGAGGAGAUGUACAACAACGAGGCGGCCGGCCCCGCCCUGGAGGAGUUCCUGCAGCUUCUCGGCGAGCGCGUGCGCCUCAAGGGCUUCACCAAGUACCGCGCCCAGCUGGACACCAAGACCGAUUCCACGGGCACCCACUCCCUGUACACCACCUAUAAGGACUACGAGAUCAUGUUCCACGUGUCCACCAUGCUGCCCUACACACCCAACAACAAGCAGCAGCUGCUGAGGAAACGGCACAUCGGGAACGACAUCGUGACCAUCGUCUUCCAGGAGCCGGGAGCCCAGCCCUUCUCCCCGAAAAACAUCCGUUCCCACUUCCAGCACGUCUUCGUCAUCGUGCGCGCCCACAACCCCUGCUCCGACAACACCUGCUACAGUGUGGCCGUCGCUCGCUCGAGGGACGUCCCCUCCUUCGGGCCCCCCAUCCCCAAGGGCGUGACCUUCCCCAAGUCCACGGUCUUCCGGGACUUCCUGCUGGCCAAGGUGAUCAACGCGGAGAACGCGGCGCACAAGUCGGAGAAGUUCCGCGCCAUGGCGACGCGCACGCGGCAGGAGUACCUGCGCGACCUGGCGGAGCGCCACGUCACCAGCACGCCCAUCGACCCGUCGGGCAAGUUCCCCUUCAUCUCGCUGGCGCACAAGCGCAAGGAGAAGAGCCGGCCGUACGCGGGGGCGGAGCUGCGCAGCCCGGGCGCCAUCACCUGGCCCGUGCACGUGGAGGACCACGGCGCCGGCGCCGAGCUGGAGGGCCUGCUGGCCGUCUCCAACGAGCUGCUGGUGCUGCUCGACCCGGAGGCCAAGGCCGCGGUCUUCAACUGCUCGGUGCGCGACGUGAUUGGCUGGACGUUAGGAAGCCCCGCCUCCAUGAAGGUCUACUACGAGCGUGGGGAGAGCAUCUCGCUCCGCUCUGCCAACAACAACACCGAGGACUUCCGUGAGGUCGUCAAGCGCCUGGAGCUCCUGACGAAGGGCUGCGAGACGACAGAGAUGACCCUGCGCAGGAACGGCCUGGGCCAGCUGGGCUUCCACGUCAACUACGAGGGCAUCGUGGCGGAAGUGGAGCCGUACGGCUACGCCUGGCAGGCGGGCCUGCGCCAGGGCAGCCGGCUGGUGGAGAUCUGCAAGGUGGCGGUGGCCACGCUGUCCCACGAGCAGAUGAUCGACCUGCUGCGCACCUCCGUCACCGUCAAGGUGGUGAUCAUCCCGCCGCACGAGGACUCCACCCCGCGCAGGGGUUGUUCGGAGCUGUUUGCCCGUCUGCCCAUGGUGGAGUACAAGACCAACACGGAGGGUGUCUCCUACGAGUACAAGUUCCCCUUCCGCAACAACAACAACAAGUGGCAGCGGCCGUCCCCCAGCCCCCAGCAGUCCCUGUCGGCCUCCUCCCAGGCCCACGGGGCCACGCCCAGCCGCGCCGUCAGCCUGGGGGGCAGCAUCGGCAAGGCACUGCCCGCCGAGCGGACCACUGUCAUCCCCCGCAGCGUGUCAAGCGACGGGCGCCCCCUCGACCCCAAGAGGUUCUCCCCGGGCUCGGACAACUACGCCCUGGCCUCCUCCAUCGUGAUGGGCCGCUCGCCGCACAACCGCAACUCUCCCAGCAUGCUCUCCUACUCCAGCGACGGCGGCUCGGCGCACUGGCGGCAGAAGUCCAUGCCGGAGGGGUUCGGGGCCAGCAGGAACUCCCCGCUGCCUGUUGACAGGCAGAGCGUCGGGGAAGGGGGCGGGGGCAGCGGCAAGUCCACGCCCAGCUGGCCGAGGUCGGAGGAAGGAGGCGGGGCUGGGGGCGGGGCCGACAGAUCCUCUGCAGAGCUGUCAGUCACCAAGUCUGGCCCGCCCAUCUCUGGGGUGCCCCGCAUCCAGCGGCAGGAGCAGGUCAUCCACCUGUCCCCCAACAAGAGCAACCAGACGGAGGCGCCCUAUUCCAGCCACUCCAGCAGCAACACGCUGUCGAGCAACGCCUCCAGCGGCGCGCACAGCGACGAGAAGUGGUACGAGAUCGGGGGCGGCACGGCCGAGCGGCCCGACUCGGAGACCAACGGCUUCGGCGGCGGCUACCUGCAGGGGGCGUCGGCGGACAGCGGUAUCGAUGCCGCCUCAUACGGGGCCGCGCACGGCAGCUCCGGCUCUCUGCUGGCCGCCGGCGCGCCCGGGCCCCGCGACAAGGCCGCCUCCCCCUGGCCCAGCCCCAAGGAGGGGGGCGGAGGCGCGGGAGCGGAGAGGUCCCCCCUGCCCGCGGAGUCCCCCGUCCCACUGGCGAGCUCAGAGGGCCCCGCCAAGAGCCCCUCCACGUACCCCCUGGUGCGGGACGGCAGCUCCUUCAGCCUCAGCGACGUGGCGUCCCACUCCAGCACGCUGAGCUCCAGGCACUCCGGCAGCCCGGUGGUGCUGGGAUCCAGCCGCAGCUCGCCCCGAGACGAGCCGGCCCCGCCCACCUCGCCCACCUCCCAGACUUCCCUCUCGCCGGGGCCCAAGAGCUUCUACCCCCGCCAGGGCGCCACCAGCAAGUACCUGAUUGGCUGGAGGAAGCCGGGGGGCACUAUCAACUCUGUGGGCUUCGGAGAGGCACGCAAGAGGCACCAGAGCGAAGGCCUAGAGGGCAGGCAGCCGCAGCUCAGAGCUGUGAUGAGGGAGCUGCAGUCCCCUCAGCGCCUCACCAAGUCCACGGUGGAGGAGGACCUGAAGAAGCUCAUCGCCCUGGACAGCCCCCCGCCCGUCAGCCACGAGCGCAAGCCCUCCUUCUCCGGCUCCGCCCCGAACCGCCGCUCGCUGCACCGCACCCUGUCGGACGAGAGCAUCUACAGCGGGCAGCGCGACCCCUCUUUCAGGGUGGAGCCGGCCCUGCCCGGCGACAUGCUGUUCAGCUGCUCCACCGUGCCGCGCUCGCCCACCACCCGCGCCGUACCCCUGCGCCGGCCCUCCUACAUGCUCGGCGUCAAGCUGCACGGUGACCUCUCGGCCUCUGACACCUCCCUGUCAGAGCUGCAGGACCGGCAGAGGCAGCCACUGCAGGACCCGGGUCUCAUGCCCCUCCCAGACGCCGACGCCGACAGCGGCCUGGACUGGUCUCACCUGGUGGACGCCGCCAAGGCCUUCGAGGUCCAGAGAGCCUCCCUUCUCGCUGCUAAAGACGUGAAUCACAGAGUGGAGAAGAAGGACUCCAGCUCCCAGCAUGCCGAGCCGCAGGCUGCCCCGCAGCCCCGCCCCUCCCCCAGUGAGAUCCCUGCAGGCUUAAUGGGGAAGGUCAGCCAGCUGGAGUCCAUGGUCCGGCUGCUGCAGGAGGACCUGAAGAAGGAGAAGGAGGACAAGGCCACCCUGCAGGCCCAGAUCCAGAACCUGCGAGAGGACAACCAGCGCCUGAUGGAGGAGUCCCAGAACGCUUCGGCCAAGCUGAAGAAGUUCACCGAGUGGGUCUUCAACACCAUCGACAUGAACUGAGCCAGAGCGGGAGAGACCCCCCCUCCCCCACAGCCCUGUAGGGACCAGUGCAUGCCUGAAGACAUUCCAGCCUUACCUGGCCACUGCAGAGCUUAUCCAAUCCCCCGUCUCCCUCCAGUUACUACCCCCUCCCCCACCCUUUCAAGGAGAAGUCAGCUCCAGAGUGCCAGUCUUCGGAGCCAGUCAGUUUUAUUUUUUGUGAGGAUUUGACCGUUUUAACCCUUUUAAUUUUCUGUUGUUGCUGAAGGACUGUCGUAUGGGCGAUCUCCUCUCUUCUUGCACAGUCCUCUCAACCGCCUUUAGUCCGUUCAGAAAUGGAUCCUGUCAAGAGCGUGAACACGGUGCCAGCUCUGUUGCGAUGCGUUGGCAUUUGGCAGUGUGUUUGGGCCUGUGAUUCUCCCCCUGUCCUUGCAAGAUGGACAGUGCUCUUUCCUUCACUCAGCUUAUACCGUCUUCAGUUGAAGUGAUCUGCCAUCGUAACUUUCAACACCACAUUGCUAUGGAUGCCAUAAGCUACUCAAGCCCUCAGUCAGUGCAGACAGAUGUUGGGAAUACCUGACCGCGGAUCAGAAGUGAAAGCAGUGGUUUCCUCACUGCGACUCGCCAUCACUCCAGACUAUGGGGAAUGGGAAGCAACCACUCUGCUUUCCAGGGGUCCAUGUCAUUCUCUUAAGGGAUACAAGAUGCUACACUGGUCGGCAAAUAUCUGACUUACAAUUUAACAUGGGUUGUUUCUUUUUUGUUGGUUUUUUGGGGGGUAAAAGAUGCACAUUCAUGAGAUACCAGCACAAAUCUGCUUCUGUGACUCAAAGAGGGCUGAAUAGGGGAGAGAUUUUGGGGUUUAAACCCCAGCACCCUUUGUGCUUCUGUGGGGUGACGACGCCAAUGCGACACUACCACAGCUGCUAGCGUUAGCGGACGCAACGUCUGUCCCAGAGUGCAUCGUGGGCCGUGGCUUCUCAAGUGGCGUGACAACAUUCCAGUCAGCUCAUUUCAGUUUGUCGGUUGGAAAAAAAAAACAGAUGACAUUGUUUGGGGUGCCAUAACAUGUUAUUAAUCAAGUGUAUGUAGGUAUUUAAAAUGUACCUCUUUAAAAGCAAUAGGAAAGAGCUUCUAGUUUUUAUUUUUCUCAAAGGGGAAACUUGGAGUUCUUUGCUAAACACUUACAUAGUUGCAUUAGUUUUGAUUACAACGGUUGGCUGCUUCUAAUAAAGCAAUUUUACACCUGCAUUUUGUGGUGCCAUGUACUGAAGAGGGUAGCAUACUGUAACUGAAGAGUCUUGCCAUCUUUAGGAAUGUGCAUUUCAAAUUUAUGGGGAAAUGAUUUGUGAAAUUUGAGUUCAGAUUAAUUUAUUUCUUUCUAUAAUAGAAACAGCCUGGUCCUAUAUGCGCACUGCAUAACUGAUGUCUAAAGUCAUAGUGUAUAGUUCAUUUAGAGUGGUCAUUUCCAUGAUUUAGCUAGCCAUUAUAGUUCAUUAAUCACAUAAAUACAUCUGCUAUAUUUUUGAUGUCUUAAAAGAUUGCAGUUUUUCCCGAGCAUUAUUUAAUGUAGCUACAGUGCCACCUAUUGAUAUUAACAGGUAUAACAACUGAUGAAAGGAAUCCGCUGUAUACUCACCAGUUUCUGAUGACUCUCAGAUGGCCAUACAUCUUUAUGGCUUGCCUUUGCUUGGCACUCUGUUUUCUGAUAGAGAGGGAAUAACGUGUACGUUUGUCACGCAUUAGGGAGAUUUAGUUCAAGGGGGUUCGACAUACAAAUGGCAUGUAGCCAGCAGUGAAGAGUCAUCAUGACUUUCUAAAAUGAAUAGGAAAGCCACUGUGCUUUUGAAAGCUGAGCCCUCCCCUCCUGCCUCGGUAAAUGUACUCUACAAGAAGCAGUGCAUUAUAUGUGUCAAACCAACAUUGUCAAAUACCCUGUUCCUCUGAGAUGGCGGCUGGGCCUGGGUUAGCAAGAGGACUUCUGCCGCUUGUCCAUCAAACGGCCGUUACCCAACCAUGCUGAGGAAGAGCAGCCGCAGGGAGAGGCGGAGGGAAGGAGAGCGGGAGAGGAGCGAGCGAGAGAGGGAGAGGCUGUUCAUUCAGGAGGCAGGUGGGCUAAGGAAGGUUAUUAAUACAGCUCAACAGCUCUCCAUCCUUCCAUCAAUCUUACAGACAUCGGCGAUUUUUUUCUGCUAAGCCAAUAUGCACCUCCCGCCUGACCUUUACUUACAAAAUAAGACCCUUUUUGCAGUAAGUCAGUGGUCCAAAUCCAACUCUCUGCCUCAUGUAAUCAUGUAAUUAUUUCUGCCCAGUUGAGAGGUGAAAUACCGUAGUCAGUUGACCAUUGAUUUUCAAUUGGCUGUAACAGUCGAGGUUUUGCAGAGUGCUUCACAGAUGAGCUUAUUGGAAAGGGAACGCGCUGCUGUAAGCCCCACAAGGUGUGCGGCAGCUCCAGAAAUACUCACACUGAUAUAGUUUCCCAUAUGGCAAUCUGAAUGAAUCCUAUGCAGGAGAGAAAGGGCCAAGUUGUUUUAAGAGGGGUGAUCGUUGGUUUUAUUAUAGGAAUUGUUGGGAAGCUGCAGGCCUCUUACGGGCUUCUGAUUCCCCUGACAAAUCACAUCAUUGGGCCCUGUAAACAUUCCAGGACUCAUUCUCCCUCACAUCCCUGGCUAACAGCCCUCAAAAAUGUUCACAUUCGGUGACUUCUCCUUUUUCCCCACAUUCUCCUUUGGAAGGAGUGGGGGGAAUCAGGAGCGCAACGCCUGUUCCAUCCCUAUAGGCGUUGGUGCAUUCAGUGAAGACCUUCAUCUCAUAGGGAGACCCAGUUUGGUUCACUGUUAGAGAACAAACUGUUUGACACCCGUUUCACCAUAUUCCUGCUGUUCCAGUUGGUUCGUGAGAGCCCUUCCUUCUUUGGUUUGUUUCUCGAAGGCAACGAAUGGGAAAAGAUGACUUUUGAAAUGUGAAUGUUUAAUUGCUUCUGUUUUCUUUGCACAUUGUCUGUUUUUUGUACUAAUUAUUGAGAAGAUUAUUCUGAGAACAAAACCUUGUGCAGAACCACUUGCGCCGUUUUAGUUCGUUUUCCUUUUUCCUGGAAGAGACAUCUUAGCCAUGUUGUGGCUUCUGAUCUUCCAUCUUCUCCUUGGACUCUGUAGACUGGAUCUCUGCUCUUGUCUCCUGUCUGUGUUGCCUUUGAAAAUGCUACUUUUGGUAUUUUUCUCUAUUUUUCUCCCAAGUGAAAAUGUCUUAUGGAAAAAUCUUUUGA